ACUACUAAUUAUAAUUUCCCACCUCCUAAAUUCUCUGCAGUCAGUCCCCAUUUUAUUUGUUUGUUUUUUUGUUACUCACAUCAUCCAUCUAUCUCACCAGGUGUUUUUCAGGAAGAAACGAUUUUUUCGGGUUAAAGUUAGCUUCUUUUUAGUUUUUUGAGCAAAAUCUGGAAGACGUAUAUCAUGAGAACUUCUUGGGCAGAUGUUGUUGAUAAUGCAGCGGAUUCGGGGUCUGGUAGUUACGAGGGUAAUGCGUCGGGAGGUCCUGUUAAGCCGGCUUAUGUACCACCUCAUCUUCGUAACCGGCCAGCUGCUUCUGGGCGGGCGGCUGGCUCGGGUGCGGUGAAUAGUGUUGUACCGUCUAUGAAUGAUAGUUUAGGGUACGGUGGACAGACGAGUGGGUCACGGUGGGGUGGUGCUCCUAGGCAGGAUUAUGGUAGGACAGGGUAUGGUGGUCGAGGCGGUGGGUGGGGAAAUAGAGGUGGGAGAGAUUACGAGGCUAACCCGUUUGGUAAUGAUGAGAUAGAAGCUGUUGAGGAGACUAAGUCUGCGCAAGAAAGUAACGGUAUUAAUUUUGAUGCUUAUGAGCAUAUUGAUGUUGAAACGACUGGGGAGAAUGUACCACCUCCGGUUGAUACGUUUGCAGAUAUUGAUUUAGGAGAUGCUUUGAAUCUAAACAUUAGGAGGUGUAAGUAUGUUAAGCCGACACCAGUUCAGCGUUAUACGAUUCCCAUUUCUUUAGCUGGUCGAGAUUUAAUGGCAUGUGCUCAAACGGGUUCGGGGAAGACAGCAGCAUUUUGCUUUCCUAUAAUCAGCGGAAUUAUGAAAGCAAAUGUGCAAAAACCAUAUGGUACUAGGACUGUGUUCCCCCUUGCUCUUAUUCUAUCUCCUACGAGGGAGCUCGCAUCUCAGAUACACGUGGAAGGUAAAAAAUUUGCUUAUCAAACAGGUGUCAAGGUGGUAGUCGUUUAUGGAGGUGCGCCAAUUAAUCAACAGCUACGAGAGCUGGAGAGAGGAGUUGAUAUUCUUGUGGCGACUCCAGGGAGAUUAGUCGAUUUACUGGAAAGGGCAAAAGUGUCAUUGCAAAUGAUAAGGUACCUGGCACUUGAUGAAGCAGAUCGCAUGCUGGACAUGGGAUUUGAGCCUCAGAUCAGGAAGAUCGUGGAGCAAACAGACAUGCCUCCACGGGGGACAAGACAAACCAUGCUGUUUAGUGCCACAUUUCCUAGAGAAAUCCAGAGAUUGGCAUCCGAUUUUCUUUCAAAUUACAUAUUUCUAACCGUUGGGCGUGUUGGUUCAAGUACGGGUUUAAUAGACCAAAGGGUAGAGUUUGUUCAAGAAAGUGACAAACGAAGCCAUCUUAUGGAUCUUCUUCACGCUCAGAAGGACACCGGAACUAAUGGCACUCAACCUCUUACAUUAGUAUUUGUCGAAACCAAAAAGGGAGCCGAUUCGCUUGAAUAUUGGCUGUAUAGUAAUGGCUUUCCUGCAACAACAAUUCAUGGUGACAGAUCACAACCGGAAAGGGAGCAAGCAUUGAGAUCCUUCAAGAGUGGGAACACGCCAAUACUAGUUGCAACAGAUGUGGCAGCACGUGGUCUCGAUAUCCCUCACGUGUCUCACGUGGUCAACUUUGACCUUCCUAACGAUAUAGACGAUUACGUGCACAGAAUAGGGAGAACAGGCAGAGCUGGGAAAACUGGUUUAGCUACAGCUUUCUUUAACGAGGGUAAUUUGUCACUGGCAAAAGGAUUAGCUGAUCUGAUUCAAGAAGCUAAUCAAGAAGUACCCGCAUGGCUUACCCGUUAUGCUAGUAGGCCGUCUUAUGGUGGUGGCAAGAACAAGAAGUCAGGAGGACGAUUUGGUGGGCGUGACUUCAGAAAGGAGGGGGCUUAUAGUGGUGGUGGGGGAUAUGGCGGCGGUGGUUAUGGUGGUGGUGGAUAUGGGGGUGGCGGAUAUGGUGGUAGCGGAUAUGGCGGCGGUGGAUAUGGUGGUUAUAGUGGCGGCGGCGGAUAUGGUGGUGCUGCCUCUGGUGCACCCAGUGCUUGGGACUAACUUUCCUCUCUACCACCCAGCCAAAUAGAUGUACUGAUUCAUAUUUCAUCGGUAUAUUUAUCAUUUUUCGCGAGAUCAAGAAUUAUAAUGUAUCAAACAUGUGGUUUAUUUUAAAUGCCAACAUUUGGUUCUUCCCAUUA